AUUGGUGGAAUGCUUUUUUUUAAGAAAAAGGGUCGCGAAGAUUGCUCGUAACUCCAGAACGAACUGUUUGCUGUUUUCCGGUGAUAAACAAUAUAUCCAAGCCCUCGACUACGCUAGAAUCGUAAUAUAAUUAUGAAUCAACUACUUGAUAAAGUGCUGAGUUUUAUCAACUAUUGGUGGUUUCGAUAUCUCAUGAUAACAGAGCUGUACAUGGUGGAAAGCUGGGAACGUGUGACCAUUCACCUAUUUCUGUUCGCAAUAUUCCUUCUGCAAUGGUGCUUCAACUGCAAGGUUCUGUUGCCCUUCACCGGCAACUUGAUCGGCAUACAACCUGUGGACCAGCAGAUAGCAUCGAUUUCACGGGGCUGAGCAAUCCCGCGUCCCCAAAGAAGCUAGUACUAGGCGAGCGAACCCAUUGAAAAGUAUUUACAAACCUGUGCGCCACGAGGACAUGGCAGCAGAGCAGUUAAAUCUCAUCAUCUUUAUCCUAUAAUCAAGAAUCUGACGUAUUGAAUCGACUUCGAUUGGAUUAAGUGAAAUUCUUCGUGUUUACACUAGUGUUUACCAGUGAAUCUGUCGAAUGAGUGUUUGGUAAAGGAAAUUAAUGUAAAACCAAAUCUCCUUUGUUGGCUUCUUCUUUGCAGACUGUAUGGGUAAGGAACCUGGUGGUUUAUCGAAAUUUUUCCUUUGUCGAUUGGUAACAUGCGUUUAAAGAAAUGAUUAUGCUAUCGACUUCCAUCCCGAAUGUGCCAGAUGGCAUUGCAGACGACUGAUAACCCGGAAUGUGUUCACUCGGAAAUCACGUUCCCUUAUCAGAAGUGUUCCACACGACCAAUACUUCGAAGGAUUUCUCAUCGUUCGUUAACGAUAAGCGUGGACUUGAAUAAGCUUGUCGCAUUAGUCAGAUAUUUUGAUUGAUCGAUUAUCUAUAAACUGGAUUUGAGCUGUAUGGGGACAGCAUGACCACAUGAGCAACAAAUACAAACGACACUCGACCCCUUAUCGCAGCAUAAAUUUGUCGCAAUGA